AUGCGGGCGGUAUGCCCCGCCUCGCUCACGCAGACGCGCUCGAGGGAGGAGAGUUCACCAACACCACGCUCCUCCUCCUCCUCCGCCUCGCUGACACACGACGUCCCGCCGACGCGCCACGCGGCAAUGCGUCUGUCGAACAUCGUGGUAGAGAACACCAGCGGUGCUGUUGGGUGCGCCGCAAGGUGCUGCACGCGGCCCCAGCCGCUCUCGCAGCUGGAGACACUUGCCCGCGGUAGGCACGCGGCGGUGUCCCAGAGCGUCACGACACCAUCCGCUGCGCCUGUGACCACGGUGUGUGGCAGCGUGGGUACUGCGGCGCAGCAGGUGAACGGCAUGCAGAGAGUGCCGGCGACACAAGAAGAGCUAUCGCCGCUGCUGUUCGCAAUCUUGACAUUGCGAACAGACUUUGUCAGGCGCAUGCGUCGCAGGUGCUCAACGGCUGCUUGA